AUGAAGUCCUUCGCCGCUCUUGCCCUCUUCGGUGCUCUGGUCGCCGCCGGCCCAAUCAACAACCAGAACAACACCACCUCAUCAACCAUCACGACCAACCUUACCCACGAGCCCGAUACCACCACCGCCCAACUGAGUAUCACCAACACUGGCAACGAGACGUUGAGGUGCUUUGUCCCCGGAAGUAUCCUGGACGACGCACCGGUUGAAAAGGUGGUCGUCUCCGCCAACGGCGAGCGAGUUCCUUUCGAGGGUGUCCGCCUCCGCAUCGCGCCUCCCAGCAUGAUCACCAACGAGUCCUACAUGGUUAUUGAGCCCCAGCAAACUGUCGACCGCACCAUCGAUAUCGCCGAGUUGCACGAUCUGAGCUCGGGCGGUGACUUCAACGUCACCGCCAAGGGCGGCAUGCGGUGCACAACGGGCGACUCCACCAACCUCACCACCUGGGUGCCCUUCAAGUCCAACACGCUCCACAUCAAGGACGUCAACGGCACCCAGGCCGCCAUCACCCGCCGCGACUUCCACGCCGAGGCCAAGCGCGUCGCCGUCCAGCCCGGCUGCACCGCCGCCCAGAGCACUGCCGUCAACAACGCCCUCACUCACUGCACCAACCUCGCCAAGGACGCCGCCCGCGCCGUGAUGCUCGACGACAAGAAGACGAUGGAGUUCUUCAAGACCACCGACCAAGCCACCAGACGCAACAUCAGCAUUGCCUUCAGCAAGGUCUCCAACGAGUGCGGCUCGCGCCUCGCGGCUAACAAGGGCACCGCGCUUGCCGUCGCCAACCCCGUCUCCAAGCUCUACUGCACCGACGUCUACAGCUCUUGCAGACCCGGCGUCCUGGCCUACACCCUCCCCUCGCAGAACUACAUGGUCAACUGCCCUCUGUACUUCAGCGCUCUGCCCUCGCUCACUUCCACCUGCCACGCUCAGGAUCAGUCUACCACUACUCUUCACGAGAUGACUCACCUGACCUUCAUCAAGGGCACUCUUGACUGGGGCGUCUAUGGCUACACCGGCAUCAAGGCGCUCACUGCCGCGCAGAACUACAACCACGCCGACACCUACUGCCUCUUUGCCAACUCUGUCAACAUUGGCAAGACUUGCUAA